GUUCUUGUCCUGUCGUGAACCGUGUAUCCCCGCCAACGCUGCUUCCUCGUUUCGCUCCUCCCCUCUGCGAUCCGCUGACAUCAACGUCGAUAUGACCGGCAUCGUGGGCCCGUUGCUGGUUGCAGCACUGUCGUUCACGCUGAUGGUGAUGCAGUUUGGCAUCCACAGCGUUCAGGAAGGUUAUGUCGCGGUGUACUACAGAGGAGGCGCGCUGCUGUCCACGGUGAACGGGCCAGGGUACCACAUCAUGCUCCCUUUUAUCACCAGCUACCGCCAGAUCCAGGUGACACUGCAGACGGAUGAGGUCACAAAUGUACCGUGCGGUACCAGCGGAGGUGUCAUCGUGUACUUCGAUCGCAUUGAAGUCGUCAACAUCCUGGAUGUUGACCACGUGCACGAGACUGUGAAGAAGUACACGCCGGACUAUGACCGCGCCCUCAUCUUCCACAAGGUCCACCACGAGCUGAACCAAUUCUGCAGUGCACACACGCUACAGGAGGUGUACACGGACUUCUUUGACCAAAUUGAUGAGAAUCUUCGCACGGCCCUACAGACCGAUCUCACUGUGAUGGCCCCAGGCCUCAAAGUGCUCAGCGUGCGCGUGACCAAGCCACGCAUCCCUGACGCAAUCCGCAACAACUACGAGCUGAUGGAGGCUGAAAAGACAAAACUCCUCAUUGCGGCGCAGCACCAGCGCGUGGUGGAGAAAGAGGCAGAGACGGAGCGCAAGCACGCCAUCAUCUUGGCUGAGAAGAAUGCAGAGGUCGCGCGCGUGAACAACCAGGCCCGUAUUGCUGAGAAGGAGGCCGAGAAGAAGAUGGCGUCCAUCUCAAAUGAGAUGUAUCUUGAGAAGGAGCGCGCAAUUGUGGAUGCGGAAUUCUACGCUGCGAAGCGAAACGCAGAGGCAAACCAGCUUCGCCUGACGCCACAAUACCUGGAACUGAUGAAAUACAAGGCGAUUGCCAACAACACCAAGGUGUACUUCGGACCAGACCUCCCCACCAUGUUCCUCUCCUCCUCCGCCGUCGCACACCCUGCACACGACGUGCACCCUUAGCCGAAGGCGUGAGAUGCAGUGUGUAUGUGUGCGUGCAUGAAUAUGUGUGCGUGCAUGUGUAUGUGUGCGUGCAUGUGCGUGUGUGUUCGCGUCUGACUCCAACCACCACCACCACCACCACCACCACCACCACCACCACCACACAAACGCUGCCGCCCAAGGCCAAAAUACCUCUCUCGUGCUUUUGUUAUGGCUUGUUCUCUGGCUUGACACAGUGACGUGUUGCUUAUAUUUCGUUGUGAACGCUGCACUUGACCGAACGCAC